CAAACUUCCACCCCUCGCACACCCAUCACCCACACCCGCAAUGGACGACAGCACCGUUGAGCUCACCGAGCGCUUUGAGCGCUACUGCGACACGAAAGACCACGAAGUCCCCUCCGAUGUCCUCACAGAAUUGCAAUUGAUGCUUCGACUGUAUUCUAUUUCGCCCGAAGAGCUGGACUUCAAAUGGCAGGCUUACAGCAUGAAGAUCGGAGGGGAGGAGAACAGGCUGGAUUUGAAAAUGGCGAGGGACUUUAAGAAGAAUAUCCAGGAUGCGUUGGAGAGGGAGAGUAGGGGAAAAGCGCAGCAGAGGCAUGAUGCGAAGAAAGUUGCGCCGACGCCGCGCCCUGCGAAGGGUGCGGAUAUGUAUGAUAUGCUGGAGGGAUUGGUCCAAAACACGCCGCGUCCCGGUGCAAUGAAGGGCGUUAAUGGCAGCACGGUAAAGCGGAAGUCGAACUUCGAGACUCCCGCUAGCAAGGCUAGCAAGAACCAUGAGAUGAGCUCUCCGGGCGGCGUACUCACACCCACGGGCGAGAUCAAUGGUGGACCAGUCUUCGACUUUGCCUCCCGUGCAAGUGCUGGCGACAUCACUGAGCAACUCAACGGGGACAUUUCUCUCCCCGACCCUCCCGAAGAACCUCCCUCUGAAGCACGCAUCAAGCUCAAAGCCAACACCGACAUGUCCAAAUUCUCCUACAAGACAAUGGCCAUGAAGCUCUCCGAAGCCUCUGAGGUCCUCGACGACCGCAUCGACGAAUUCCGCCAGUUGCUCCAAGAACACCUCAAUCUCGACGACAGCGCCUUCGGGAACCCCUCGCUCCAAUCGCCUAGCGAGGUCAUAGCGGUAGGACGCAUUUGCUCCGACACCAGCGAGGGGAAGCUGAACACCGCAUCGAUUGUGCUAGAAGGCUCACGACGCUGGGGCUCUGGUCGACGUGUUCCUUUAAGGUUAGACACGGUGACUUCGUACAACUUCUUCCCUGGUCAAAUUGUCGCCCUCCGUGGCACCAACGCCUCAGGGGACACCUUUGUCGUCUCAGAAAUCCUCUCCCUCCCUCUCCUCAUCCAGCCUGCUUCCAGACCGGACGAGCUAGACCUCUACAAUUCCCGCUACCUCGACACUCCUGAAUCUGACCCUUCAAACCCACGACCUCUUACGAUCUUCAUAGCCUCGGGACCCUACACCACUGACCAAAAUCUCGACUUUGUCCCAUUGCAAACGCUCCUCGACAACGCGGCCAAUGCAUGUGCUGACUCUAUCAUCCUUGUCGGCCCCUUCCUCGACGCAGAGCACCCGCUUAUUCGCACGGGAGACUUCGAUCUCCCACCGCACGUUACUUCCCCAGACCAAGCGACCAUGACAGACGUCUUCCGACACUAUAUCUCCUCCGCUAUACAAUCCUUCUUACAGCGCGUACCCACCUGCAAUGUCAUUCUCGUACCCAGCUUGCGCGACGCUCAUCACCACCACGCCGCUUUUCCGCAGGAUAAAUUCAUCAAGAAGGAUUUAGGUUUAGGGCCGGCGGGCAAGAUGGUUCAGUGCGUUACAAAUCCCAUGACAUUAUCCAUGAACGAGUUCAUCGUUGGCAUGUCCUCGCUAGACAUUCUGGAUAUGCUGCGGAGAGAAGAGGUAGUUGGUGGGAAAGCGCGGGCGGUUAAUCUGUAUGAGAGGGCUGCGAGGAAUGUCAUUGAGCAGCGCAAUUUCCUCCCGCUUUUCCCUCCGAUGGCACGGGAGAAGAUGGGAGCUCCUGCUCCUGUUGAAGAGAAAGUUUUCAAGAACGGCGCCGCCGCAAAUGGAGAAGCGGACGUAGAGGAGGACCAAGCGCCCAGUCCUUUCCUCCCUCUCGGCACAAUGCUAGAUAUCAGCUAUCUCAAGCUGGGCGAGAUGCUCAACGUGCGUCCCGAUAUUCUGAUUACGCCUAGUGUAUUGCAAGGCUGUGUAAAGGUCGUAGAAUCCGUCCUAGUAAUCAACCCCGGCACGCUCAGCAAGCGCCGCGCGGCAGGCACGUAUGCGCGCAUGGUCAUACAACCCGCAAAUGUGAGCGCGGAGGAGAGGAAGAAGGGCUUCGCGGUUGCACAUAAGCUGUGGGAGAGGGCGAGAGUGGAUAUCGUGAGGAUCUGAGUGACUGGGCAUCAAGUCGAGCUGCUACUGCGGCAUGUAGGUAAGAUGCAAUGUCGUUUCUGGAUGCGUCGGUUUGGGGGUUGACCUUGGAUAUCUGCAUCAUGAGUGAGGUUCGGGAGUCGGGUCAUUGUAAUGGAUUGGAAUGGUAUACUAUUGAACGAUGCACGAGACGCACAGUGUCUCGAGCGGGUUGCUGAAAAUACUGAGAAG